GUGUGAGAAGCUGUUGGUCGGUGACUGUUCAUGUGCAGUGAUUGGAUUUUUUUAAAAGGAACCAAAAGUGAACACCGGGGAGUCAAGGAGGACACAGGAAGUUUCUUUGGGCUGUUUUGCAAGUUCAUUUCUGCAAAUAGGGAAGUUCUCCACUUUAAGAACUGAACCAGGCUGAGGUGGACACUGAGAUAAGAUGGAGGUCAAGACACAUGAAGGGAAAGUGCCUCUGGUGGAAGACAUACAACUGAAGGUGCUUCUGGAGACUGAGGCGUCACUCGGGCCUGAUGACAAAGCCGAUUACCCUCCUGUGGGGGCAAACUCCAUCUACUCUGCCAUCCUGAGCAGAAAUGAGGCCGUGAAGGAUGCCAAGCGUCUCAAGACAUUCUUGGAGCUGCGGGACAAAUACUUGAAGAAGAAGGUUGUGUUUGAGGACCCCCUGUUCCCUGCAAACGACUCCUCGCUCUUCUACAGUAGCAAACCUUCCAUGAAGAUAGAGUGGAAACGUCCCUCGGAAAUCUGUGACAAGCCUGAGUUCAUCGUGGACGGAGCCAACAGGACGGACAUCUGUCAGGGAGAAUUGGGUGACUGCUGGCUGCUCGCUGCCAUCGCCUGCCUGACGCUGAACGAGAAGCUGCUGUACAGAGUGAUCCCUCCAGACCAGAGCUUCACUGACAACUACGCCGGCAUCUUCCACUUCCAGUUCUGGCGUUAUGGCGAAUGGAUCGACGUGGUCGUGGACGACCGCAUCCCCACCUGCAACAACCAGCUGGUGUUCACCAAAUCUUUCAGAAAGAACGAGUUCUGGAGCGCGCUGUUGGAAAAGGCCUAUGCAAAGUUGCAUGGCUCUUACGAGGCUCUGAAGGGGGGGAACACAUUGGAAGCCAUGGAGGAUUUCACAGGUGGCGUUACCGAGUUCUUUGAGUUGUCCGCGGCGUCUAAAGAUCUCUACACCGUCAUGAAGAAGGCGCUGGAGCGAGGCUCGCUGAUGGGCUGCUCCAUAGAUGUCGUCUCAGCCAGUGAAAUGGAGACUCGGACUGGUCAGGGGCUGGUCAAAGGCCACGCCUACUCCAUCAUAGGCCUGGAGGAGUGUGAUGAGGUUGCAAAGGACACCAAAAUUCGCCUGAUUCGCCUGCGCAACCCCUGGGGCUGGGUGCUAUGGAAGGGACCGUGGAGUGCAAAUUCCAAAGAGUGGUCGACCAUUUCCAUCGCGGACAAGGAGAACCUAAAGAAACAGACUGUGGAGGAGAGUGAGUUCUGGAUGUCUUUCGAUGAUUUCAAGAGGACCUUCACGAAGCUGGAGAUGUGUAACCUGACCCCCGACGCGCUGCAGGGCGACGAGAGAAACAGCUGGUCCGUGUCGGUCAACGAGGGCCGCUGGGUGAGAGGCAGCUCGGCUGGCGGCUGCAGGAACUUCCCAGACACAUUUUGGACAAACCCUCAGUAUCGGCUGCAGCUUUAUGAGGAGGACGACGACCCAGAGGAUGGAAUGGUGGCCUGCACUCUGGUCGUGGCUCUGAUGCAGAAAGGUCGACGGAUGCAGCGCCAUCAGGGGGCCAAGUUCCUCACCAUCGGGUUUUCCAUCUACGAGGUACCAAAGGAGAUGUGUGGACAGAAUCAGCAUCUGCAGAAGGACUUCUUCCUCUACACAGCCUCAAAGGCCAAAUGCCAGGCCUACAUCAACCUGCGCGAGGUAACGGAGCGUUUCCGUCUGCCGCCAGGAGAGUACGCCAUCCUCCCCACAACCUUUGAGGCCCAUCAAGAGGGCGAGUUCCUCCUCAGGGUCUUCUCCGAGAAGCAGAGCAUGUCCGAGGAGGCGGAGAACACCAUCGAGUCCGGAAAAAUCCAGCAAGACAACAGAAAGAAGGAAAAGCCUAUUGUAUUUGUGUCGGACAGAGCGCGAGCCAACAAAGAGAUUGAGCAUGACGGCAUCCGGGGGGAAAAGAAGAAGAAGCCAAAGCGAAAACUGUUGGAACCUGAGGAGGAGACUGAAGAGGAAAAACAGUUCAGGGCCAUUUACCAGCAGAUUUCUGGUGAGGACAUGCAGAUCUGUGCCAACGAACUCCAGACCAUCAUGAAGAACGUUCUCUCCAAACAUGCUGACAUCAAGACCAAAGAAGGUUUCAGCCUCGAGACGUGUCGGAGUAUGAUCGCCUUGAUGGAUACCGAUGGGACCGGAAAACUGAAUCUACAGGAGUUCAAGCACUUGUGGAAAAAGAUCAAGGAGUGGCAGCUGAUCUUCAAGCGCUAUGAUAAAGACAAAAAUUGCUCCAUCAGUAGUUUUGAGAUGAGGAACGCUGUGAAUGACGCAGGGUUUCAACUCAACAAACAGCUUUAUGACAUCAUAGCGAUGCGUUACGCCGAUCAACACCUCAACGUCGACUUUGACAGUUACAUCUGCUGUUUUGUGAGGCUAGAGGGAAUGUUCAGAGCUUUUAAUGCCUUCGACAAAGACGGAGAUGGAAUAAUUAAACUCAACGUCCUGGAGUGGCUCCAGCUCACCAUGUAUUCUUAAAUCCCCCUCCUGGCCCCGGAUGUUGCUGCCGACACAAACUUUGACUUAUUUCUCUUUUCCUUAAGGCUAAUUGGACUAAGUGUAGUUUUGCACAGUUACAACAAAGUCUUGAUGUCGUAUCCAGAAAUCUUCAGAGUUGCUUAAUGUAUUUAGUUUUUAAAUAUACAGGAGGCGAAGACUGUGAA